AGUCACGUGACACAAGCAACAUGGCGCUGUGCUGUGCAAUCAGUAAUGAGGUUCCAGAACAGCCGGUCAUUUCUUCAGCCUCCGGCCACAUCUACGAAAAGCGGCUGAUAGAAAAAUAUAUCAAAGAAAAUGGAACAGAUCCCAUGAAUGGCGAAAAACUGUCAACAGAAAUGCUGAUGGAAGUCAAAGCAUCGCCACUGGUGAAGCCAAGACCAGCAUCAGCUACAAGUAUUCCAGCAAUUUUAAAAUCUCUACAAGAUGAAUGGGAUGCAGUCAUGUUACACAGUUUUACACUGAGACAACAGCUUCAGACAGCCAGACAGGAAUUGUCUCACGCCCUGUACCAGCACGAUGCUGCCUGUCGUGUCAUUGCCCGUCUCACUAAGGAAGUCUCUGCUGCCAGAGAAGCCUUGGCCACCCUCAAACCCCAGGCAGGCGUGGCUGCUCCAGGAUACACUGCUCCUCCUCAACAACCGGCAUAUGGAGCAGAAGCCAAUCCAGAGGCUGCCCAACAGCCAAUGGAGGAGGCCGGCAUGAGUGAUGAAGUCCUACAGAAGCUCCAAGACAAAGCUACUCUUCUUACAGCAGAACGUAAAAAGAGAGGCAAGACUGUCCCUGAAGGUUUGGCCAUUGUUGAAGACAUUAAGACUUACAGACAGUUGGCUUCUCACACGGGAUUACACAGUGCCAGUGUGCCUGGAAUUUUAUCUCUUGAUGUGUGUCUGAAGGAUACUUCUAAGAUUGUUACCGGUGGAAAUGACAAAAAUGCUGUGGUAUUUAACAAGGACACAGAACAGGUCAUGGCCAUUCUCAAAGGUCAUUCAAAGAAGGUCACUAGCGUCAUUUAUCACCCAGAAGAGGAGUUGGUGUUCACUGCUUCGCCUGAUUGUACCAUUCGUGUGUGGGGUGUCCAGACUGCACAGUGUGCCCAGAUCAUUCGUGCCCACGACGCCCCUGUCACAGGCAUCAGUCUCCACGCUACUGGUGACUACCUUCUCAGCUCAUCUACAGACAUGCACUGGGCAUUUUCAGAUCUUCGUGUUGGCAGAGUUCUGACUAAAGUCAAUGAUCCAUCUUCUCAACAUGCCCUGACCUGCGCACAGUUUCAUCCUGAUGGUUUGAUCUUUGGUACUGGCACAGAAGACUCAAUGAUCAAGAUCUGGGAUCUGAAGGAGAGGGCUAAUGUGGCCAACUUCCCUGGUCACCAGGGCCCCAUUACUAGUAUUGCUUUCUCUGAAAAUGGUUACUACUUGGCUACAUCUGCAGAAGAUUCGGUUGUCAAACUUUGGGAUUUGAGAAAAUUGAAGAACUUCAAGACCUUACAACUAAGCGACAAAUAUGAUGUGAGGUCGCUGUCCUUUGACCAGAGUGGUACCUACCUUGCUGUUGCGGGUACUGAUGUCAGAGUUUACCUGUGCAAACAGUGGCAAGAUCUGGUGGUGUUCAAUGACCACACUGCAACAGCAACCGGUGUUCGAUUCGGUCACAACGGGACCUUCUUGGCAUCAGCCAGUAUGGAUCGUUCUCUCAAGUUCUUUGGUAUACCAUGAAAGAAUCACCAUGACAUGGAUAACCGUGUAAAUAUUGGGGAGACAAGACUGGAGCUUGGUGGUGACUCUGUACAUACUGUACCGAGGGGUAGACCCUACCGUGGAUACAUUGAGAAUUAAAAGGAUGGUGGCAGGGCCUAUAGAUUCAAAGCAAAGACUGACAUAACAAACAGAGUUUUAUAAAUAUUUUUGCUUUAAUACAGACUUGAUUGGAAAAUAUAUUUCUGAUUGUUUUUCAGAUAUUGACAUCUGCCAUUUUAAAAUGUAUAUUGAUCAUUGGUAUGCGAUAUGUUUUGUCAAGAAUAUUAGCAUCAGAAACAUUGGAUUUCAAUAUGGCUGUCAUGUAACUUAUUUCUCGGUCAGAUAUAAAACAUCAAGUAAAUAUCUUAAAAUGAAGAAGCAUUUUCAGAUAUUACUAGUAUUACAGGAUGUUAGUUUACAAUCAUGCUUUGGAAAAAAUUGGUCUCUCUUCCAUAAAUAUUUUUAUCCUGUAGAGUUCUUCUGUCAGACACAGUUCAUAGUGUUUGCCAAUAUUUUUUAUAAAGAAAUGAAACAGCUGUCAUGUAUAUAACUUAAAAGAGAUGUGAAAAGUCAAAUUCAACUCCAUUGUUGAAAUAAAGAUACCAUUUCUAAUUCUUAAUUAUGUGAAAAAGAAAUAAGUUAAAAGUGGGGAUUCAGUUUUUAUCAUAGCAUAUCUUGUUUUAUAAACAUGUUUAUAUGAUGUUAACAGAUUGUCAGAACUUUUAUGUUGUAGCAUCUGAAUUACUAAUUGAUUUGAUAGCAAUGACCUUUGUUGUAGUAAGAUAAAGCAUUAAAUCAACAUGCCAAUAAAUGCAUCUUGUAAAGAACUUGACAGGCCUAACAAUUUUGAAGAACAAAUAUGUUUCUGAAGUAUUUUUUUCUCACAAGCACAAAAACACUCUGAAAGAUCUAUUUAAGAGAAAUAGUACUUAAAAAAUAUUACAUUAUCAUAAUGUUAUCAAGCAAUCUUUUAAAAGAUCUUACAAGUCAAAUUUCAUGAAUGUACUAUCAUACAAAGAGGAAUAAAUUCUAACGGCAAAAAGUGAGCAUGGCUCAUCACAAGAAUUCUAAAAAUGAAUUUUGUAUUCAUGUCAAAACUUGAUUUUUUAUUGGUUAUAUUUAUAUGUAAAUUUACUGUUUAUCAGUUAUAUUUUAUUUGAAGCGUUUAAAUUCAAUGCCUAAUAGUUAACCUCACAUGGUGUAUUGGAAAUUAUGAUAUCCAAAAGUGUAAAAUUUGAAAGGUGUGCAAUAAGGAUUUAACAAGUGUCUAAGGUUAUUGUGGCUGCCUAUUAAAAUCCAAGCCAGAGUGAUACAACUGGUAUACUGCCUUACCCAGGUGUAGAUUUAACAGGUAUGUUGUAUAUGGUUAAAUUGAUUUUUAGGCCGAGGGAGGUUUUCUUUUAUAAUAUUGGCAGAGGCAGUCAUUAUACAAGUUAAUAUUUUCUACAAGACAGAAAAAUAACAAUUUGUAUACUAGAAUAUAUUCAUUCGGCUAGUGUUGACAACCUGAUUAAAAUACACAUCAUUUAAAUACACUGCAUUAUGAAGAAACAAUGCGGUAUGCAAUGAUGAUCUGUAUUUUGAUCAAAUUAUUUUUUUGGGCUAAAUUCCCAGUUUGAACACAAUCAAUGAAUUGAAAAGUAAACCAUAUUGAAUUAUAUGGCUGCAGGUAGUUUAUUAACAUCCUUUAGACAAAGUCAUUUGAAUGAAAAUAGAAAAACUAAAUGUGAAAUUAAUUUGAAUAUUUCAUUCUCUUAGAGCUAAAUAUGGCAGUGUAUAUUAACAAGAGGUGCCAUGUGUUUGUAAGUGUUGAUGUGUUCUUUGACCUCUGUACAUCCCAAUGUUAAGUUGGAACAUGUACCAAUUCAUGAUAUAGUACUUGCUAAAUCUCGCAUUGUGGUAUGUUAACAGUGAUAGAGGAAUACACACUUUGAAAUUGUAGAUAAACAUGUGUGUCAGUGUAUUUGUUCAUGUCCUGUCCUUUUGAUCAUCUAAGAUUUCUAUUUUCUGGAGACACUCAUACAGAACCAUUUUUAGAUUCACAAACUUCAUAAAGUAUGUAAUGGUAUAGAUAAUGUUCUUAAUAUGUGUUUCAAAGAAAAUGUAAAAAGCUCAUUCUUUUCAUCCACAUUUUCAUAGGUUUUAUAAUUCAUUGACUGGAGAACUUUUGUGUUCUUAAAUCCUUUCUCAUGCUACAGUUUCAAGUUACAUACUAGAACCAUCUUUCCUGUAACUCACUGAAUUCUGGCAAUGUUUUGAGUUGAGUAAGGCUUCACAUUGAAAUGGAAAUAUGGGAUAAAUAAAACACCACUUUAAUGGUAAAGGGUGCUAUUUCACAGCAGAUAUAAGUCGCAGGUAAAAGAUUCCCUCUUCAGAGACAAGUUUUUAUAAAAGCAAAGUAUAAUGUAUUUUGUUUCUCCUUUUUUUCAUUCCAAAUAUCUGUAAAAGUUUUCCAAAGAGGUGAUUUAUUUGUAGGCCUCAGUAGAAGAGGAGGUAACAACAUUUCAUAAUUCCUGGGUAUUUAUAAUGGAAAUGAUACAGUCAACCCAUGAUGGCACCCUUUAAUAUGGUAAAAGCAAUUUCUUCAAUUAGGGAUUGAACAGAAUGUGAGCUUCAGCAUGAACAAUUUUAUGGCCCUGAAAAAAAGUUGUUUGCAGAUCAUAAAUAUGUAUUGGUCUGAAUGGAGAUAAUUAAGACUUUAACUUUUACAUUUAAACAAUCAUUUGUUCCCAUUUUCAUGUCAUUUAUAUGUAAACAUCUUCAAAUAUGUGAACUUGAUUAUGCUUCAGAAACCAAUAAAUUUGUACUCCAUGAACAAA